AAUAAUGAGUUUCAACAAGUAAUUCAACCUAAAAAAUCAAUUAAAAUAAUUCGAUCAGGUAAAAUAAAAAAAUAUAUCGAAAUUGCUUUAUCAAUAUUUCAGGAUGAGAAAUCACGUGAAACGGACGAAAAUGUUAUAGUUGUAUUCUCAGGAAAAGGUCCAGCUAUUAACAAGGCUAUUACUGUAGUAGAAAUAAUUAAACGAAAGCUAGAUGGAUCUUUACAUCAAUAUACUCAAAUUGGACGAAAUUUCUUAACACAUGAAGACAGAGAGAAGGACAAAGAUUACGAAAUGAUUUUGGAUAAUGAAGAAGAUGAUGGGCAAGUACAAACAACAGUUGAUAUUUGCUCAUACAAGAAAGCUAUUCUUAUAUAUAUGAUUUAUAAUUAA